GGGAGGAAAAAAAAAAACACAUACACUUUGCACAAGAAAAUACUUCUCGUUUGAUUUUUGCUCCUCCUCCUCCCCCUUUCUCUCUCUGUCCUCUCUCUCUCUCUCUCUCUCAUCUUUCUGUGUUUUUAAUCAAAUCUUAGCUUUGUUCUCUCUUAUGUAGUGUUGGAUCAAUUCAAAAAUAUAAAAUACCCAUCACAGAAAGAAAGAUCACUAUUCUCUUCCUUAACCUUAUUUUCCCACUUUCCAUUUUCCAUUUUCCAUUUUUUUUUCCCAUUACAUGUUCGUUUAGUUUCAUCCGAAAGCCCCACAGUCCCCGACCCCUCCUCCUCCAUUGCCCCUUUCUCUCUCUACAUAUUUCUCUCUCUAACUUUCUCUGUGCGAACAUGAGCGGCGGUGGGUUUAGGGUUUCAAUCCCGAGUAGUGUGAGGAAGACGAUCCAGAACUUAAAGGAGAUCGCCGGCAACCACAGCGAUGACGAAAUCUACGCAAUGCUCAAGGAAUGCUCCAUGGAUCCCAACGAGACCGCCCAGAAGCUUCUUCUUCAGGAUACAUUUCAUGAGGUCAAAAGGAAGCGUGAUAGGAGAAAAGAGAAUGUGAACAACAGAGAGUCUACGGAGACAAGGUGGAGGACUGGAACACAAGGGCGUGGGGGCAGGGGCGGUCGUGCAAAUUUUUCACCUCGUUAUCCAUCAAAUGAUGCCGGCAGUGGCAAAAAUCCAGGUCCAGGAAAAGAGAAUGGUCUGCAAGGUGGGGAAAAGGGUAUUACUCCUUCGCAAACCUCUCACGAGACCAAGGAUAAAGAAAGAAAUUCAGCAACAAGCUCUGCUUCUGUCGUUUCUAAUGGUCCUACAACUAUUGCUUCUGGAAGUACUAGUGUUGCAAAUGCGUCCACUAUCUCAGUAGGAAGUGAUCCUGAGUGGGAUUCAACUUCUGUUGGCACUGAUAACUUGAGCACUACACUCCACUCUGUUGAUGUGAGUAAAAAGCCCAUAACUGCAUCUGCGGAUGAUAAUUCGUAUGAGCAGCCUGAACAAAGCUCCAGUAGUUGCGCAGUAUUGCCAAUGCCGACAUCUACAUCAACAGUCUGUUUCUCAUCUUCAGAUCCAGUACUCAUGCCGUCUAAUGAUUCGCGAGUCCCAGGUGCAGUAGGCGCAAUUAAACGUGAAGUGGGUCAUCGUGCCUCUUGUGAGGUAAAUGCAACUCUCCAUGUUGAGAAGAAAUCAACUGCUGCUUCUGAGAUUAGUAUCUCUUCUGCACAAGUUAAAAUGCCAAGCAAGUCCCAGGGGGUUGGGAAAGGUCAGCUCACUGAGUUUUCACAACCUUCAUCAACAUCAACUCACGUGGGCUCUUCAAAUAGUCGGCCAUCUUCCAAUUACAGUAACCGGUCGCAACAAGGAAUUGGUACCCAGAAGGCAGGAGGUUCCAAUAAAGAGUGGAAACCAAAGGCUGUUCAAGGUUCUGGAACAGCUGGUGCUUCUGAGUCUCUGCCCGGUGUUGUUGAAGCAAAUGCCAAGUCACAGCCUGUUUCAAAUAUCCUUGAAUCUGAAGAUGCAACUUCAAAACUGGAGAGGAUGUUGGAGGAGAAGUUGGAGGAGUUACACCUUCAGCAACGUCAACAUGUUAUUUUACCAAAUCACAUUCAUGUUCCUGAAUCUGAAAGAACCAAGUUGAGCUUUGGAAGUUUUGGCUUUAGCUUUGGAGUAAGUACAAUCAAUACAAUUGGUUCUGAGAGUGACAAGAGUUCUACACCUCUGCCUGGAACCUCUCAGGGUGCUGAAGAAAAUGUGGAGGAAAAGUCUUCAAGCAACCAGAAUGUCAUUGCAACUGCUGAUGAAGGGGAUUAUCCUGAGCAUCCACAAUCACCUACACAUGUACCUGAGAAUUUAUCAUCUACUGAGGGUGAUGUUUCAUCCAAUGCUACCCCUGGGCCCAAUGAAUCUAAGCAGGAUACUGAAUUGCCAUCCGGAGGCCAACAAUACUCAAUGGUGAAUACUUCUUCAACCUACAGUUUUGGGCUUGUACCUCCUAUAUUGGGAAGUCAGCUUGCACCACUAGAAAAUGCUGAGUCUCAAGCUCGUGACGUUUCUCGCCUUCCAAGCUUUGUUGUUCAACCCUUUGAUCCAACAAGUUAUUAUGCUCAAUUUUACCGCUCAGGUGCUGAUACCGAUGGUCGCCUUUCUCCUUUUCCCUCGCCUGGUGUUGCUACCAAGUACAAUGGGAAUGUUGCAGUAUUGCCUCCUCCAAAUCCACAGUCUCCACAAGAGGGUGGGGUCCUGUCCACAGCUGGUCCAUCUCCGCUGGUCACACAAGCUGCUGGCCUCAUGCAAAGCUCAAUAGCUGUUACUCAACAACCUGUUCCCGUCUUUCGGCCACCGGCUGGGAUGCACAUAUCUCAUUACCCACCAAACUACUUUUCCUACGGUCAUUAUUUUCCACCAUUCUAUGUGCCACCUCCGGCCAUCCACCAAUUUUUGGGUAAUGGCACGUUUUCGCAACAACCUCAGGCUGGUGGUGUAUAUCCUGCUCCACCAGCAGCCGCUGCAACGGGAGUCAAAUAUUCAGUUCCACAGUACAAACCAGGGACUAAUACAGGAAACUCUGCUCAUAUUGGGAUGACAAGUGGUUAUGGACCAUAUGGCUCCUCUCCAGGUGGUUAUAUUCCCAAUUCUGCCACAACAGUUGGGAAUUCAACCACUAAUGAUGAUCUUGGCCCCUCCCAAUUCAAGGAAAAUAAUGUAUACAUUGCUGGACAACAGAGUGAAGGUUCGGCCAUGUGGGUUGCUGCACCUGGCCGAGACAUAUCGAGCCUGCCUACAAGUUCAUUUUACAAUCUCCCUCCACAAGGUCAGCAUGUGGCUUUCACCCCAGCACAGGCUGGCCAUGGUACGUUUGCAGGUAUUUACCACCCUGCUCAAGCUGUAACAGCAACAACUGUUCAUCCACUUCUGCAACAGUCUCAGACCAUGGCUGGGGCUGUUGAUAUGGUGGGACCUGGAGGCGGUGUUUACCAGCAGCCUCAGCACACCCAAAUAAACUGGCCAAGUAACUACUGAAUAAGGAUAGGCUUUCUGUAAACAGUGGAAAACGACGAAUGCAGGUCUAAUCGCGCGAUUUUUUAGGGACCUCACACUAUUGGAUGGGGGGAGACCUCAAGAAGAUACAAGGUUGGCUGGCUUUAGUGUAAAUCUACAAAAAAGAGGCUGAAAAGUUUGCCAAUAGUAUCUCCCGAUUGCUUGGGUGAGGACAUAAAAAGGUGCACACCACCUGUAACUGAUGUUGACCAUUUUUAGUUAGUCAAGGUAGGCAUGUCCAGGUCUUCCUCUUUCUUGCUGCUGCUAUAUGAGUGUUACUAUUUUUUCCUUUUCAUAGUUUCAAGCUUCAUCUGCCUAUCCCUGUGCUUUCUUCAUCUCCUGUCUUAUCGUUUUCUCUUUUCGCAACUCGCAAGUUUUGAACUUCCUUGGACUACUGUCUACACUGUUUAGUGGUGAGAAUCGCUUCAAUUCUUUCCUUUCUCCUUAAUGUUUGAGGUUAUAUAGGAUUUUGGAAGGUAAGAUUAUAGGCUGGUGAAGUAAUUUUUCUAUUCUCUUUUUCUCUUUCGGCUGUCUCUUACCUGUAAAGUGAAUUUUGAUAGCAAGAAGAGGAAAUGUAGUGAACUGUUGUAUUGGUGUAAGCAAAAGUCAGCUUAAUUCUUUCCGUUGGCUGAUA